GGAAUCGACAUAGCUGAGAGAUCGGUUCUUUUGCUCAGUCAGUGUCGUCGACACGUUCGACCGAAACUUAUAGCAUCGGUCAUCCGAUCAUCGUCAUCUCGUGUACGUCUGCAAGUUACCGUAGAGCCGGUUGAAAGAUUCCUCGAAACGUGCGUUGCGAGUUAAGCAUUGGUUUCACAUCGGUGUUGAAAGUUAUUCGGUAAUAAAUAAUUAUGAUAGAGAAAAGCAAAAUUUUUCCGUAAAACAGAAAACGCGAGUGUGUGUGUGAUAAUUAAGUCGGUGCACAGUUUUUUAAAGCAAUUAUGUGCAACAUACGUGGCGAUUUAAUUUGCAAUGAUACACGACGAUGCCGUUAAUUUGUUGCAUAUUGUAACGGCGAAGUGAAAAUAAUCGUUAUCGAUCGGAUAUAGAGGAUUGUUUCUGUACAAGAUUUCUAAUCUCUCCGGCAUAUUGUUAAUUACACAGACACACGCACAAACACACACACACGUGUAGAAGGGACCAGUCGAUUAAAUUUCAACCUUUUCGUGGCUGAUCGAUCGCGUGCGUAUACCUUGUACACGGUGAGUUUAACGCGUGGGCGUGUUAUACCGCUUAAAAGCAUACUACGCGAAGUGAAGUGGAGAGUGAAUAAAUAGAUAUAAAUAAAAUAACAAGAAGAACAUGAAAAACCUCUUAAUUAACUCGGGGAGCUGCUUUACGAGCAGAUAAGAAGAUGUUUAAAAAAUUCUAUGAAAAUACCGAGAUAUCUCAGAUUUUAUCCACCUCUCUUUCCGUCUCUUUAGACGUACUUUCAUAAGCCUCGAUAGUCGAUCGGUACAAGGGCGGAAAUCGUUAGUCUUCGAAAAACUUGGCUUGUAAUUAAAACGAAACUGCGGCAGGAUUAAUUGCGUCAUUCUUUAAAGGAAGGACCGAGUUUUUUUCUAAGCGAAGUUGUAAUUCAUCCGAGCCUUUUUCGACCGGGUAUUGAAAACGAAGGUCGGCGCGAUUCGAACUGUCUGCAACGGCUGGAAGAGAGAUCCGAGUCCGUGAUCGGUGAUUCGCCUUCGCGUCGCUGUUCCUGUACAUAAAUAACGCUGCGCAGUUUGUCUCUUUUCCUCGGACGGCAAAUCGCUGUGGAUAAUUUGAUGCUCGGUGAGGUGGAAGGAUAAACAAAGUGUCGAAAAAUAAUACAGUGAAAAUGAUAAAUCCGAUCAUCGCAGUCGCCUCAAUUGGAUCGAGCGCCGAAUUACUCAUUUUUAAAUUCAAGAUUCGGAAUCACGGUGAUCAGCCAAAGUGAUUACGCGGUUGCGCGAUCCUCGGGCGCAAAGUGCUGCUGCCGCAGGAUGACGUAACGCAGAUAUUGAUAUAAUAAUACGCGAACCUUCUACACUGCUCGACGUGUAGGAUAUACACGCACAUUUCGACACUCCUUCACACAAUAACUCAAGCAACGAUGCAGGAUACCGGUAUAAAGCGGAGCAGGUCUUCAGGCUGGAUCGGCAAUCUCAGAUCAAGGUCUCCGAAUCUCACAUUUUGCAGGUUGAGCAGAGCCUGGAGCAGUCUUGACCACGUUCACAGAAAAGUGUGCCGCAGCUGCAGGUGUCCUCGAGAAGAGCACCAGCGGGGUUCCUCGAGUGAGACGGGGGGUUCGUCGGGAUUGGGACUGGGACUGGGCCCCGGCUCCCCGAUGGCGAUGGCGAUGGCCUUUCAGGGCCCCGGAUCAGCCGCAGGUGCCCCCGGCGUGCCUCCCGAGCCGUUCAAGAGCCCGGUUCAGGCGCCACCGCCACUCCAGGACGCCCUUAUGCAUCAUCAGAGGCACUCGCAGAGCGACGACGACAGCGGAUGUGCCCUGGAGGAGUACACGUGGGUCCCACCGGGUCUGCGUCCCGACCAGGUCCAUCUCUACUUCAGCGCGUUACCAGAGGACAAAAUACCGUACGUGGGAAGCAUCGGUGAACGGGAACGCGUUAGGCAGCUUCUUCAACAGCUGCCACCCCACGACAACGAGGCUCGUUACUGCAGCGGCCUCUCCGAGGAGGAGAAAAGGGAACUGAGGGUGUUCGCGGCCCAGCGAAAACGCGAAGCCCUCGGCCGCGGUCACGUCAGCCAGCUCGAGAGGCCGCAUGGGACCGGAUGUCGCGAGUGCAGCAGGCCCAUCGCCGCGGCAGAAAUGGCCGUUGGGGCCUCGCGCGCAGGGCCCACUGCCCUCUGGCAUCCCGCCUGCUUCGUCUGCUGCAUAUGCAGACAGCUCCUCGUUGACCUUAUCUACUUCUGGAGGGACGGACGACUCUACUGCGGACGCCACCACGCCGAGACCCUCAAGCCCAGGUGCUGUGCCUGCGACGAAAUCAUUCUCGCCGACGAGUGCACCGAGGCCGAGGGCAGGGCUUGGCACAUGCGGCAUUUCGCUUGUCUAGAGUGCGACAGACAGCUGGGAGGUCAAAGGUACGUCAUGAGGGAGGGCAGGCCCUACUGUCUCCACUGUUUCGACGCCUCUUUCGCCGAGUACUGUGACAGUUGCGGAGAACCGAUCGGCGUCGACCAAGGUCAAAUGUCCCACGAAGGUCAGCACUGGCACGCGACGGAGUCCUGCUUCUGUUGCGCCACAUGCCGCACAUCCCUUUUGGGCAGACCCUUCCUGCCCAGGCGGGGUGCCAUCUACUGCAGCAUUGCUUGCAGCAAAGGUGAACCACCGACAACCCCGAGCGACUCUUCUGCAGGACCUCCGCUUCCACCAACCUUUCCAAGGUUGGUGAGGCGGCAGCCUCCACCUGCCAGCGAAGGGUCCUCCAGUCCUCCACCGCCUCCUGCCUCGAGACACACCCUCGGUUCACCCAGGAAUUCACCCCGCAUGCCAAGGAAGCACCAGCAGGCCUCCACCGCGUCCGUCGCGACGAUGCCAACGCAGGCAAUUCCGUCGCCGGUUGAUUUUUCCGGCGACAGUCUCGGCUCGGGUGGAUCGAGGCCUGGCGGUUUGGACAGGGUGCUUCUGGAGAGGAAUCUCGAGAGGCUUUUACAGGAGAGAGGCUCACUACCGGAAGAGACGCCGACGGAACUGGGAAGACUGAUGCAAGCCAGGGACAGAGAGCCUCUGCGCUACGCCCAGGGAACCGUUCCGGCUCACGCCUCCAGCAUGCCGGAACUUCCACCGCCGCCUCCGCACGUCAACGCGAACCUCAGUCCCACCGAUCCACCGACUCCAACAUCGAGAAGGGUCCGAUUCCAGGGGGAUGAAUCCUCCGCGACGCCAAAUGCCCCUCUGCCACCGACACCUCUGCCCCCAAAUGUCCCUCGGUCGAGGAGUCUGCAGCCCGAAGAAGCGGCCAGUACUUCUUCAUGGGGCGGUAUCGGUUCGAGGGUGAGAACGGAAGAGGAGGAGAGCUGCUGUUCGACUUGCAGCUCAUCGAGUAGCUCGGACGAGGCAUCGGCGUAUGCUUUGCCACCCCGUCGAGCCUACGGUGGAGUGAGAAUUUCGUACGUGCCAAACGACGCCGUCGCCUGCGCCCGACGUCGGCAACCCCCGACGUCGCAGACGCAUAAGGACGCCGAAAAGUGCGUCGUGUCCUGAUCAUUUCUCAUUGAUUUCUCACUCCGUGAAUAUAAUUUCGAUCGAUCAUACAGCCGAAAGUGAUAUAAGGAGAGAAGGUGUAUCGACCCUUGAAAGUGACCGUGCCAAUUAACGUGAUUAAGGAAUAUUACCUGAAUCAGUCGGAGUCUGAAAUCAAUGGACAUAAAAUGUAAUAACCUUAAUCACAAGUAUUAUUCGACCUCUGCUUGCGCUAAAUAUUAUACACUUUGUACCCAUAAUUUUCGAGGCAAGCAAUAUUGAAAGUGAUUCAGAUAUAUUACAUACUUGUACCCUCGUUUUGGGGAAAGAUUGGGCGAAAAUUUUUAUACGCAACUGUGUCGAGCAGCGGCUAUAUAUAAGAAAAAAAAAAAAAAAACUGUAUUUAAGAAAAAUAGUAAAACGGGUUUCGUUUUUAGAUUUAAUCAAAGCCGAAGAAA